AUGUCAUUUCUUGGUUCAUUUCAGUGUAAUCUCUUAUAUUAUUGUAAUUAUCCGGAAGGUUCAAAGGAUUAUGUUCCUAAACCAACAGAAUAUGGCAUUCCAUAUAAAGAUGUGACAUUGACAACUUCUGAUAAUGUUAAAAUUCAUGUUUAUGAUCUACAACAUGGUUCUCCAACUGAAAAAGGACUCAAAAUCGACGCACAAACAGUUUUGGACUAUAUUAAAAAUCACGAAAUUUAUAAAAAUUCCAAGGUCAUAGUGUUUGGUCAAUCAUUAGGAGGUGCUGUAUCAAUCGAUUUGGUUGAUGGUUUAAUAGUUGAAAAUACUUUUCUCAGUAUCCCAAAGUUAUUACCGCACGUAAUGCCACCAUUAAGGCAUUUUUCAAUAUUUUGUACUCAAAAAUGGGAAUCUGAAAAAUCUAUAUUAAAUAUAAAACGCAUUCCAAUACUGUUCUUGUCCGGUGAAUUGGAUGAAUUAAUCCCAAAGGAUCAUGUUCUAAUUGUUCAAGGCAAAAUGGUUGAUUAUGUGGAACCUGGUAAUAGAUGUGUCUUGGAACUUUAUUGGCAAUCCCAUUCUGAGACAGAAAUUGAAUGUAACGAUCAUAAUAUUCAUUCAAAAAUGUUUGAUGGUAUUACUAGAGAAGGUGUUACUGGUAUAAAGGUGCUUGGUUCUGGGGAUUUAUCUUAUAAAAUAUUAUUUUUAGCUCGUAUAUUUAUUUGA